AAACGCAGCCCAGAAGAGAAUGUUUUUUUCUUCAGUAAAUUAACAUAUUCCUGGUUUAGCAGAAUAAUAUCUAUAGGCUAUAAGAAGCCAUUGGAAAGGGAUGACCUGUUUGAACUGAAUGAAAGUGAUUCACCGUACAGCAUCUGUCCUAACUUUGAAAAGCAAUGGAGAAAAGAAAUCCAGAAGUCUACCAUAGGAUUAAUGGCUUCUUACAUCAAAAGACUGCUAUUUAAGAGAACAAGUUUCCAUAAACCAUCUUUGAUUUCGCCAUUAUGGCAAACAUUUAAAUUUUUAUUGAUUAAAGUUGCGUUUCUGAAAGUUACAGCUGACAUUCUGGCUUUCAUGAGUCCACAAAUAAUGAAAGCAAUGAUAAUGGUCAGUGAAAAUCAUCCCAGUUCAUAUGGGAGUGGAUAUGGCUAUGCUAUUGCCCUGUUUUUUGUAGUUCUCUCGCAAACUCUUCUCCAUCAGUUAUACCAGCGCAACAACAUGCUUACUGCAGUCAAAAUCAAGACUGCAGUUGUUGGCCUGAUAUACAAAAAGGCCUUAACUUUAGCAAAUUCCUCACGACGAAAAUAUACAACUGGAGAAAUUGUUAACCUGAUGUCAGCAGAUGCUCAGCAACUCAUGGAGCUAACUGUAAACAUCAACCUGUUGUGGUCAGCACCUUUUCAGAUCAUUAUGGCUGUUGUCUUUCUCUGGAAAGAACUUGGCCCCUCAGUCGUAGCAGGUGUUGCACUGCUGCUUUUGGUUAUACCUAUAAAUGCACUCAUUGCAGCCAAAGUAAAAAAACUGAAGAAAAGCCAAAUGAAGUAUUCGGAUCAACGAGUCAAGCUACUAAGUGAAAUGUUACAUGGAAUAAAGAUCCUCAAACUUUAUGCAUGGGAACCUGCAUAUCAAAGGAAGGUCAUGAGUAUUAGAGAACGUGAAGUGGAUGUUUUGAAGUCAUCUGGGUAUCUGACAACUUACUCCAUGCUAACGCUGACGUGUAUUCCUUUUAUGGUCUCAUUGGCUACAUUUGGAGUCUUCUUUCAUCUGGACAAGGAGAAUGUUUUAACAGCAGCAAAAGUUUUUACAUCUAUUUCUUUAUUUAACAUUUUGCGACUGCCUUUGUUUGAUUUACCGUCAGUGAUCUCUGCUGUAGCCCAGACCAAAGUUUCUCUGAGCCGUUUAGAGGAUUUUCUGUGUGCUGAGGAUCUUAACCCUGAGGAUGUCAAUACAAACUACAGUGGAAAUCAUGCUGUUGGGUUUAUUGGUGCUUCUUUCCGCUGGGAAAAAAAUGGCCUGCCAGUCUUAAAAAACUUGAGUGUCAGCAUUCCUGAAGGCUCUUUAGUUGCUGUUGUGGGACAGGUUGGAUCUGGAAAGUCAUCUUUUCUUUCUGCUGUUCUUGGAGAAAUGGAGAAACUUGAAGGAACAGUUCAGAGAAGAGGUUCAGUGGCAUAUGUUUCUCAGCAGGCUUGGAUUCAAAAUGACAGUUUACAGGAAAAUAUUCUCUUUGGUGCAAAUCUGAAUAGGCCAUACUACGAACUUGUUUUAGAGUCUUGUGCUUUACUGCCAGAUUUGGAACAGUUACCAAAUGGAGACCAAACAGAGAUUGGAGAACGGGGUGUCAAUAUAAGUGGAGGGCAGAAGCAGAGAGUGAGUCUUGCUCGGGCUGUGUACAGUAAUGCUGACUUGUAUCUUCUGGAUGACCCCCUGUCUGCUGUAGAUGUACACGUUGGGAAACAUCUUUUUGAGAAGCUAAUUGGCCCUUCAGGUCUCCUAAAAAGCAAG